AUGGGGAAUACCAACAGCUCCACAAGGGAACCUCGCACCACUGGUUCGCGAUCGCGUUCCGGCACCGCCAACAAUGCUUCCUCUUCAACCGGUGCCGCCGAGAACUCCAUGUACAAUGUGCGUAGUGGACGCACCAGCAGACAAAACCUCUCUUUCCUCCAUCUCGGCUCCAGCAGUAGAGGAGACCAAGCACGCACCGAGGAGCCACGUCGCGAGACGAAACAGGAGAGAGAGGCACGCAAGCGUGAAAAGGAGCGUGUGAUACGAGAGAAUGAGCGCGAGAAGAGUAUGAAGGAGGAAGGUGUCGACGGUGGCUUCCUCGUUACGCUGGGAACAUACGUCGGCCCCGAAGACUUUAACAAGCCCGUCGUGCGCCAGCUCAUGAUCGAACGUCGUCUGGCGCCAUUCUGGAAAGGCCUCAACGAUCAUUCAGACUCGUGGACCGAGAACCAGCUCGUAGCUGUGGUACGAGGGCUGCCCCUCCCUGCUCCUGAUGACCCUCCACUCCCAGACCCCGAGCCUGUCACCGGCGGCGAUGUCGAUUCUCUCACCAUUCCUAUCUCCUCUCGUUCGCAAUCCUAUCAAUCCGAUCACACGUCGACUCCCCAGAGCGCCACCUUCCCUCGCCCGGGCACCUCAUCUCUACCAUCCGUCUCAGGCUCUCGAGGCCUCUUUCGCGACCGUGCAAAGACGCUGGCAUCAUUGGGAACAUCGAACAAGAACAACAAUGCAUCAUCCACCUCGAUCGCCCCUCAAGAGAUUCAGCUCCCACGAGACCCCCGAGUUAACGGCUCUCCCCUCGAGGCUGUUUUGUACAAAGAUGCUUCAGAGUGUCCCAUCUGUUUCAUGUACUAUCCUCCACACCUCAACAAGACCCGCUGUUGCGAUCAACCCAUCUGCUCAGAAUGCUUCGUACAAAUAAAGCGCCCUGAUCCACACCCUCCGGAGCAUCACGAUGACGACGGAAAUCCUACAACGGAUGAGGAAGGCUUGCUGGUCUCAGAGCCUGCUGCGUGCCCAUUCUGUGUGACACCCGAGUUUGGUGUCAGCUACCAGCCUCCGUCGUUCCGCAGAGGCCUCGUGUACUCGGGCCCAGUGAGUAGUCCAGCUCCUACGACUGUUGCAUCUCCGGAAUCAUCAUCCACCAAUCUAGCAGUGCCUCAUGGUAGAAGACGUACUACCUCUCUAUCAGCAUCUGCCCCAACUGUCAUUACUACCGACAGAGUACGCCCUGACUGGGCAAAGAAGCUGGCUGAUGCUAGAGCACAUGCAUUGAGAAGAUCCGCCGCUGCCACUGCCCUUCACAACGCUGCAUAUAUGCUCGGUAGCCAACAGCCUUCAGAUUCGCGCUCGUUCGGUGGUCUUGGUCGUCGUCGUCGCACGCUUAUGGCAGACACUUCUGCCAGUGCAAGUGGUGCUGGAACUCCUCGACCUGACAAUGGUCAAGUGAGUAGUCUACAUGAUUACAUCGCUGCCAUCGAAGGUCAAGGACAAGGCUCAGAGACCCGUGCCUCUGGCAGGAGAAGCCGUGCUCACGAUCUGGAAGACUUGAUGAUGAUGGAAGCCAUCCGAAUGUCCCUCGCUUCUGAGGAGGACCGCAAGAAGAAAGAGGAGAAGGAGGUGCGAAAGGAAGCAAAGAAGCGGGAAAAGGAAGCUGCCAAAGAGGCGAAGAAGGCAGAUAAGGUCGCAAAGAAGAACGGAAGUCUCUACAGCGCCAGCAUGAACGGUAGUACAGCCGCCUGGUCCGACAUGACCCGCUCAACGAGUAACAUUCCUCGCCCUCAGACGGCUGUUUCCACAGCUUCGUCACCACCUCCGCCUGCUCCUCCGGUCAUUGGUAAAGGUAAAGCACCUGCCACAGCUGCCUACGGCUUCAACCCCAUGAACGAACCAACUUCUACACUGAAUACCGAGGUUGCUGAACAAACAGCCGAAUUCUCGAAUUCUCAAAGGCACCUCGAGGAGUCACGGGCCAAUCUGCCUCAAGCUACGCAACCUAUCUCGUUUCCGGAAGCACUACAAAAUCGCUCUCAUCUUCGUCACAUUUCAAACGCAUCAUCAGCGGCAUCCUCAAUGCUGGAUUCUGCACCAGGAAGCUAUCAGCGAACGCCGAAUCACCAGAUGUCUCCGAACGCUAGCGCGACUGUCUUGGACGACGGCACUGGCACGCCCGACACGCAAUCUGGCACACCAGGCAACGAUACGAACACAGAGUCCAUGUUCAACUUCAAAAGCCUGACUGAGAUGAUCCGCAACGAUGAUAAGGACAGAGAUGCCGACCAUGUCGAGUUUUUCGAGCGCAAACCGGAAGAACAGCGCAAUCCGAGUGUUGCGUCCUCUUCCAAAGAAGCUACUGCUGGACUUCCUCCAUUGAACGAGGACGAGCGCGAGACAGCGAAACAUGGUAACGCUCCACAAGUGAACAACGACACGACACCAAAGAUGAGGCAGACGGAGACGAAACAUGCAGGCGAUGUCAAUGUCUUGCACGCUUCGAGGACGUCAACCAACUAG